GUAUAUAUAGUUGAAGUUUGUGGUCAUAUCCUAUAUUCAUUUACUACAUCUUACCAAACUCAAAAGCUAAAGUUGAGAACCACACAAAAGAAGGAAAAGAACAAGGUUCAAGCUUUCGUUUCUCUUUGCUGGUUAAUUUCAUUAUCAGUCUAGAUUUUUUGAAGGCCAAUAAUUGAAGAAAUGACAUUGAGAAGUAGUAGUUUUAAGAACAUAGAUUCAGAUAUCAUGACAAACUCAAUGAGGUCUCAGUCUCCUAGGACUAAUGGUAGGAAGAAUUCGAUUAAUUUGUCGAAUUGUGAGCCAGUAAGAGUGAUGCUUGAAACCACCUCUUCAUUCAAGAAUUUAGCUCAGGACAUAAAGAGAUCAGAAUCUGAGUAUUUGGGGGUUCAGUCCAAUGAAUACGUGUCGAAAUUUCGACAUAAUUCAGUCCCCUUCAUAACACUUCCUGAACCUGCGGUAUUGUUUUCGCCAAGACCGAUUAGUGAGCUUGAUGCUGCUGCUGUUAAGCUUCAGAAGGUCUACAAAAGUUAUCGGACACGAAGAAACCUUGCUGAUUGUGCUGUUGUGGUUGAGGAGCUCUGGUGGAAGGCAUUAGAUUUUGCAGCUCUUAAGCGGAGCUCGGUUUCUUAUUUCAAUGUUGAAAAGCCGGAAACAGCUGUUUCACGGUGGUCUAGGGCGAGGACUAGAGCUGCCAAGGUUGGAAAAGGAUUGUCCAAGUGCGAAAAGGCACGGAAGCUAGCCUUACAGCAUUGGCUGGAAGCUAUCGAUCCACGCCAUCGAUAUGGACACAAUUUACACAUGUACUAUGAUAUCUGGUUCGACAGUAAAAGCUCUCAACCUUUCUUCUACUGGUUGGAUGUUGGAGAUGGUAAAGAAGUUAACAUUGAGAGAUGCCCGAGGAGUAGUCUACAACGACAAUGCAUCAAGUACCUUGGACCGGUUGAAAGAGAAACAUUUGAAGUGAUUGUAGAAGAUGGGAAGCUUUUGUUCAGACAAAGCGGCCUAUUUGUUGACACCAUUGAGGGUUCCAAGUGGAUUUUUGUUCUUAGCACGUCUAGGAAAUUGUACGUGGGUCAGAAGAAGAAAGGCGUAUUCCAGCAUUCUAGUUUCCUGUCAGGUGGUGCAACCAUAGCAGCUGGAAGAUUAGUUGCGCAUGGUGGUGUUCUUGAGGCUAUAUGGCCUUACAGCGGUCACUACCACCCAACCGAAGAGAACUUCAUGGAAUUCAUUAGCUUCCUUAAGGAGAACCAUGUCGAUCUUGCAAAUGUUAAGAGAGGUGCAAUGGAUGAUGACUGCUUGUCAUCCAGUAUUGAUGAUAUGGAAUCGAUGUCACAGUCAUCAGUUACAACCACUCAACCAGAAGAUCACAAUGCAUCUGAUGUCAAUGUUCCGACUGACAACACAGAUGCUGUCGACGUAGAGGAACCAAUAUUCCGCAUGGCCAGACACCUAUCACGCAAGUGGACUUCAGGAGCUGGAGCACGAAUUGGUUGUGUUCGCGACUAUCCUACAGAAUUACAGUUCCAAGCUCUUGAACAAGUUAAUCUGUCCCCUACUCGAGUGGCUUCAGGACCUACUUAUGGAAACUAUGGUCCCAUUCCGUCGCCAAGGCCUAGCCCAAAGGUCAGGCUAUCUCCCGGGCUUUCUUACAUGGGGCUCCCCAGUCCUAGAACUCCUAUUGCAUCCAACUGAGCUUUUGAACUGGGCAAGUGAGAACCUGUUGCAGUUGGUGCAGCUUCAGUGUUAUUUUAAGGAUGGAGCCGAGGUCUGAGCCAUAACAUGGUGGCACUAACUUGAAUUCCUUUAGUUUUAGGAAUUUGCACAAUCAUUUUUUCUUUCUUUCUUCGUUCUCAAUUUUUGUUUCUUUUAAGCUUAUUACAGGUUUUUUUCAUUCAUUAGUUCCUCGAUGUAUCCGAUGAACUCAAAUUCAAUGCAAAAUAAGUAGUUUUACACUACUAAAUUCUUGGA